CGAUUUGGUUCACUGAGGUCUUUAAGAGCACGUCGUGUUACCCGUCGUGAAGCAUUUGCGAUUAUCAGGCGUGUACGAAGCAUCGUUUGACAUUCAAUAUGACACAAUUAUGGCCUGUCCUCCUCGCCCUGGCGCUCCCCGCCGCCGCAACCAGCAACUAUGACUGUUCCACCAUCUGCCAAACCCUAGCAUCCGCCCUCCCCAACCUCGUCACCUUCCCCAACAGCACCGCCUACGCCAUCCACAACAACUACUGGUCCGCGCGGCAGAGCGACGUGCACCCGGCCUGCUUCGUGGCGCCCCGCACCGCACAGGACGUCGCCACGGCCGUCCAGCUGCUCACCGCGCACGACGCGCCCUUCAGCGUCAAGGCGGGCGGGCACACGGCCUUCGAGGGCGGGUCCAACAUCCCCGCGGGCGUGACGCUGACGCUGGUCCACCUCGACGCCGUCGCCGUGUCGGCCGACCGGCAGACCGUCUCCGUCGGCGCCGGCAACCGCUGGAUCAACGUGUCCGAGGCGCUCGACCCGCUCGGCCUGGCCGUCGUCGCCGGCCGCAGCUCGACCGUCGGCGUCAGCGGCCUGACGCUGGGCGGGGGGAUCUCGUAUUUCUCCGGCAUGCGCGGCUGGGCGUGUGAUAACGUGCGGAAUUACGAGGUUGUUCUCGCGUCGGGUGACGUGGUGAACGCGUCGCCGGCGGAGAAUGAGGAUUUGUACUGGGCUUUGCGCGGUGGUGGCGGGUCGAAUUUUGGGAUUGUGACCAGGUUCGAUUUGGUGUCGUUCGAGCAGGGUGAUCUGUGGGCGAGUUCGAACGUCUACCCCGGGGCGGCGAACAGAACACUCAUCCCCAUGAUGCACGAGUUGCUGGUGAAGGGGCUGCCGGACGAUCCCGCGGCGCACACGUAUUUUGUCAUGACACACACAGCCGAGCUGGGAGGUUAUGCGGUGCUGAGCGAUGAGUUCCACGCCACCCAUUCGGACGUCGCAUCCCCGCCAGCGGUGUUCGCCCCGUUUUUUGACCCGGCCCUGCCUACGCUGGCUAUCAACACCCGGGUAAGCAACAUCUCGCGGCUCUCGCGCGAUAUUGAACAAGCAAAUGGUCUCCGCCAGACGUGGUGGGAUACCACCGUGGCCGCCACCGCGACCCCGGAUCUGCUGCUGGACAUUGUCCCGUUGUGGGAGGAAAACAUCGCCCCUCUUCUCGCCGCGGCCGCAGCCGACAAUUCCACCAUUUCGCCAUAUCUCAUCUACCACCCCAUCUCGUCGAAUAUCCUCGAGGCAAUGCAGGUUAACGGAGGCAACGCGUUGGGUUUGAAGCCUGAAGACGGGCCACUCAUGAUCGUGCAGCUGAAUUUGGCUUGGACGAGCGCGGCCAUGGACGAGUUGGUGGAGACCAGUUCCAAGGAGCUAAUAGAGAAGGUCAACGCGCUCGCGGCGUCGCGCGGAGCAAGCUCCAAGAACGGGUACGUGUACAUGAAUUACGCAGGAAAGACGCAGGACGUGUACGCCGGGUACGGGAAGCAAAACGUCGCGAAACUGAGGCGCGUGGCAAAAAAGUAUGAUCCAAGAGAGAAGUUUGGAGAGUUGUGGCAGGGAUAUUUCAAGCUGUGAGACAAGGAUCGGCCGUAAACAGCGCCGUUGCAGCUUAUAUAUCAAACCUAAGACUGAGUUAGCUGGGGAGUCACAGUGUAAUGGGAUUCCACCCCGCCUUUCAUAUGUACUCACAUUUUUGAU